AUGGGGACUGUUCAUGCAAAGGCACCAACUGUUGACUCACAGCCUUCAGGCUUGAAGACAUCGUCUGUGAGUGGAGACAACAAGAAGAAUGACGUUUAUGUAAAGUUUGACAAAUUGCCUGUUCGAGUGCAGCGGGUGGUGGUCGAUGGUCUCACUCGAACUAAAGAUGAUGUCGUCAUCAAGGAGAUCAAACCACUGCUGGGUGCCAAGACUUUUGAUGAGUUGGUCCAGCUUAGCUACAAUGCCAAAGUUAAGAUGGAGCGUCUUGGCCUUUUCAAAAAUGUAGUUAUAGCCAUCGAUGUUAGCAAAGACAAAGCUGAGCAUGGGUAUGAGGUCAUGUUUGAGGUGCAGGAGUUUCGCCAGAUAGACGGUGGCAUCCACACAACAAUUAGCAACAAUGAUGGAAGCUUGGAUUUCCAGGUGAAAGCACCCAACAUGAUGGGACGAGGGGAGAGGUUCAGCCUGGACUACACCCUGGGCACAAAGAGAACCCAUGGCUACAGCGCCUACUUCAGGAAACCACUUAACAACAAUCCAGACAUUUUUGUUGGUUGUACCGGCUACCAGUUCCAUGGGGAAUUCCCUUGGAGUGGGUACAAACAGACAGACAGGGGCAUGGCCUUUGACCUCACUUUUCCCACAUUUUUGGGCUCACACAACUUGCAGUGGGAGGGCGUAUGGCGGGACCUAAGGGCACUGUCCAGAGAUACAAGUUUCUCUGUCAGAGAACAAGCCGGACACUCACUCAAGUCCAGUCUAAAGCACACAUUUUCCAUUGACUCACGAAACAACCCGGUCCUUCCAUCAGUUGGAGCCUUGUGGCAGACAAGCCAGAUAUUUCAAGUCUCCUUCGCCGGAGGCAUUAUGAGAACACUGGACCCCCGAGCAUCUAUUUGUAUCAGUGAUAGGUUCUUCCUUGGGGGCCCCCUGACUCUAAGGGGCUUCAAUAUGAAAGGUUGUGGGCCUCACAGCCACGACAAUGCCCUGGGUGCAGAGUCCUACUGGCUAGCAGCAGCACACGUGUACAGCCCACUUCCCUUCCGCCCUGGACGUGGCAGGUUCGGAGAUCUCUUCAAGACACACUUCUUUGUCAAUGCAGGCAACCUGGGCACCAUCGAUUUCAACAACUUGUCGGCAUCAUUCAAUGACAUGUUUACUACCCUGAGGUGGUCCUAUGGUUUUGGCAUUGUGCUGUGCAUGGGAAACCUGGCUCGGCUGGAGCUGAACUAUGUCAUACCCAUGAGAGUGCAGAAGGGAGACAAAGCCAACCCAGGAUUACAGUUUGGGAUUGGAGUCCAGUUUUUGUAG